UCUGCUCCAAGAGUAUGUGGGGGGAGAAAUUCAUUGUAGCCUCUCUCUUUAGGACAUGGUUAUACAAUACCCAGCACACAUGUUUGUUCUUCCUAUUCCUUUCCUUCUCAUCCUGAUCCAAGUGUCAUCCUGCACCAUCAAAGUCACUGGUUACAUCGGGCAGGAUGUGACUUUGCCCUGCGCUUACGAUGCCCAAAGUAACGGAGUUUUAAGUUUCUGCUGGGGACUCGGGAGGGUGCCCCGAUCCAAAUGUGCCGACACGAUCCUGUCGUCGGAGUAUGGGGAGGUGACUUACAGAGAGUCCUCCAGGUACCAGCUGCUGAGCCAGGUGGAGCAGGGCAAUGUUUCCUUGACCAUCCUCAAUGCUCAGAGAAGUGAUGCUGGCAUCUACGGCUGCAGGGUGGAGAUUCCUGGGUUAUUCAACGACCAAAAGAGCAACAUAAACCUGAUUAUGGAAGAAGAAAGAGUGAUUUCACAUGAGAUGGAAGCUACAGAUGCAACAGUGACAACACCUCAGAGUCCAACCAGUCCGAUUAAUCUAGUGAAUGACGAACACAGCAAAUAUGUCAGGAGCUCGCAGGGAAAUUUCAAAGCCUUCUUAGGAGAGGAGAACAUUGGGAGAAUUGCAGCUAUUUUCCUCUUCACCAUAAUCCUAAUCCUCAUCCUCAUCUUUAGAAGGAACGUUUUGAUGCGUAGGACGAAGCCUUUGCAGCUCCACACCUGCACCGUCGUUGAGAAUAUGUACGACACCAUCCCGAUGGCAAAAUGAUGCCACUAACUUCAAGCUGUGUUCUAAAAAUAUGCACCUUGUUGUAUUUUCACCAUGUUAAAUUAUGUAAAUGUAAGAUCUUUUUUUUUUAAAGAAACAAUCAUGUCUUUAAAUAUGAUGCCAAUGAUUACCAGAGAUUGAUGAUAAAUGUAGAUCCCUAUAAUUAAUUAAUCGUCUUAAAUUUCUCUGUUCCUCACAUGAAAUGACUGGUUUACAGUAGAGCAACAAAAAAGUGAAAACAUUAUGUUUCGUUGUCUCUGGGUGUUAGGUGUAAUCUAUGUGCAUUCUGAGCUGGUGUCUCACCAAAAUUUCAUUAUGACAUACUGCCAAUAAAGUUUGUUGAUCUUGUGGA